AUGCUCGCAGCCUGGGCGCCUCUGCUCUUCUUAGCCAUGUGGGUGAGAAACGCCACCAGUGGCCCGCUCUCGUUCAGAAUAGCUGCCAUUCUUGAUGACCCAAUGGAGUGUAGCCGUGGGGAGCGAUUGGCCAUCACUCUGGCGAAAGACAGCAUCAACCGUUCCAGCAAUCGUUCCACCACAGGCAAACUGGAGGUGGACAUCUUUGAGCUGCUAAGAGACAGUGAAUACGAGACAGGAGAGACCAUGUGCCAGAUCAUGUCAAAGGGGGUGGUGGCGGUCCUGGGCCCCUCUGCCAGCCCAGCGUCCAACUCCAUCAUCAGUAAUAUCUGCGGGGAGAAAGAGGUCCCGUACGUGAAGGUGGCUCCAGAGGACAUACUGAAGGUGCAGUUUCCUCGCUUUACUACACUGGACCUCAGGCCCACAAACACAGACAUCAGCAUGGCUGUAGCAGGACUCCUAACCUUCUUCAACAGCAGCACAUCGUGUCUCAUUUGUGCUCAGGCCGAUUGCCUAUUAAACCUGGAGGUGUUACUGCGACAGUUUCUCAUCUCCAAGGAAACCCUCUCAGUUCGCAUGCUGGAUGACAGCCAGGAUCCCACCCCCCUCCUCAAGGAGAUCCGCGAUGACAAGACUGCAACCAUCAUAGUGGAUGCGAAUGCCACCAUGUCUCACAUUAUUUUGGAGAAGGCCUCUGAGUUGGGAAUGCUGUCAGUGUACUACACCUACAUCCUGACUUCCUUGGAAUUCUCACUUCUACGACUGGAUGAUUUAGCUGAUCAACGGGUGAACAUUGUCGGGUUUUCAGUCUUCAAUAGGACGCAUCCCUUCUUUCAGGACUUUGUCCUCAGUCUCAAUCGAUCCUGGCAGGAGAACUGUGAUCAUGCACCUUUUGCAGGGACACCGCUUUCAUCAGCAUUGCUGUUUGAUGCGGUACACGCUGUGGUGGCAGCCGUGCAAGAACUGAACCGUAGCCAGAACGUAGGAGCCACUCAACUCUCCUGCAAGUCCUCUAAGAUCUGGGAGCACGGUACCAGCCUGAUGAACUACCUAAGGAUGGUAGAGUUGGAAGGUCUAACGGGCCACAUCGAGUUCAACAGCAAAGGCCAGCGCUCGAACUAUGCCCUCCGGAUCAUGCAGAACACCAGGGAUGGCCUAAGGCAGAUUGGUCAGUGGCAUUCAGAGCAGGGUUUGUCCAUGGAGAAGAAGCUUCCAUCACUCAACGUAACAGACACACUAUUCAACACCACUCUUACCAUAACUACUAUACUGGAGAAUCCGUACGUAAUGCUGAGAGCCAAUCACCAGGAACUCGAGGGGAACGAUCGCUACGAAGGUUUCUGUGUGGACAUGCUGAAGGAGUUGGCAGAAAUCUUGAAGUUUAAGUAUCGUAUUCGGCUCGUUGGGGACGGCGUGUACGGGGUGCCUGGGGCCAAUGGCACCUGGACGGGCAUGGUGGGAGAGCUCAUCAGCAGGAAGGCUGACUUGGCUGUGGCCGCCCUGACCAUCACGGCUGAGAGGGAGAAGGUCAUUGAUUUCUCCAAACCCUUCAUGACUCUGGGGAUCAGCAUCAUGUACAGAGUGCACAUAGGAAGAAGACCAGGGUAUUUCUCCUUUUUGGAUCCUUUCUCUCCAGGGGUUUGGCUUUUCAUGUUGCUGGCAUACCUUGCAGUCAGCUGUGUGCUCUUUUUGGUGGCAAGGCUAACACCCUACGAGUGGUACAAUCCUCACCCCUGCCUGAAGGGGCGCUGUAACCUGCUCAUCAACCAGUAUUCUCUGGGCAACAGUUUCUGGUUUCCCGUGGGGGGGUUCAUGCAGCAAGGGUCCACCAUUGCCCCCAGAGCCCUGUCCACACGCUGUAUCAGUGGUGUAUGGUGGGCCUUCACCUUGAUCAUCAUCUCUUCCUACACAGCCAACUUGGCAGCCUUUCUCACUGUGCAGAGAAUGGAGGUGCCCAUUGAGUCAGUGGACGAUCUGGCUGACCAGACGGCCAUUGAAUAUGGCACUAUGCAUGGUGGCUCCACCAUGACAUUCUUCCAGAACUCUCGUUACCAGACGUACCAGCGCAUGUGGAACUUCAUGUACUCCAAACAGCCCAGUGUAUUUGUGAAGAGCACAGAGGAGGGCAUCGCACGAGUCCUCAACUCCAAUUACGCCUAUCUGCUGGAGAGCACCAUGAAUGAGUAUUACCGCCAGCGCAACUGCAACCUCACCAAGAUCGGAGGCCUGCUGGACACCAAGGGCUAUGGCAUCGGCAUGCCUUUGGGCUCAGUCUACAGAGAUGAGUUCGACCUGGCCAUUCUCAAACUACAGGAGGAAAACCGACUGGAGAUCCUGAAGAGGAAAUGGUGGGAUGGUGGCAAGUGUCCAAAAGAGGAGGAUCAUCGAGCGAAAGGUCUAGGCAUGGAGAACAUUGGCGGGAUCUUCGUGGUGCUGGUGUGUGGUUUGCUGGUGGCCAUCUUCAUGGCGGUGCUGGAGUUUAUGUGGAUGCUGCGUCACACUCCAGGAACAGAGCUGUCCAUGUGCGAGGAGAUGCUACGAGAGCUGCAGGGCAUCGUGCUGUGUCAGGACAGCCUGCAGUUACGGCGCAGGCGCGGGGCCAGCGUGCUGAGACUGCAGCCUAUGCCCCUGGAUGAGCGGCGGGCACGGGCGGCUGCGGCGAGCCUCAGUAACGGCAAGCUGUGCACGGGCACUGGGCUGCCUGAACCUCUCUCCCACAGACUGGCGCAGGAGGCAGCCUUGGUAGCACGGGGGUGCAGUCACAUUCGCAUCUGCCCGGAGUGCCGGCGCUUUCAGGGCAUUCGAGUACGCCCAGCUGGUCCCCCGGGACCCUCUCGCACCAACAGCGAGGAGAGUAUAGAGUGGGAAAAGGGAACCAACAACAGUGAACAUAAAUAACCUCUUUAAGCCUAGUUCCUAUUUGAUGGGCGUUAAACGCAGGCUUUGUUGGACCUGGGACGUUCAGAUGAUGGUUACAGCAAUGUUUGCUACAGAAAUCUGACUCUGGACUGACAAAUGCAAUGUUCCAUUCUGUUAAAGGAGCUUACUGAGACACUUACGAUGGAACUCCCAUGCAUGGAGAUGUCUGUGCUGCUCAACACAGCCCUGGAGCUGCGUCUGGUCUCUGUAUACACUGUCCUCACUGCCCUCUGCCAUGAACUGCUUCUGGGACACCCAGCAGAGGGGCUUUGUACUAUGCAGUAUAUUUGUCUUUCUGUGCUGUUGAUUUCUUUUUAAAUUAUUUCUCUUUUGUUGUAAUACCACUAUACUACAGUUGCUAUUACACCUGUUUAGUUUUUUUCCCACUACACAGACAGAAUAUGCUACACAUAGAGCGGACAGCUACAGAGAGCUAGAAACAAAGACUCCAUCCACUAUUGCUCAAAGAACAUUUUUUUUACAGUUUCAAAAUACUUUGUAUUAAUUCUGUGCUGUUGCCGUCUCAUGGCCCUGAGGGGGUAAUUAUUAUGAGAACUGAACACAAAAACAACUUUGAUCUGUUUUUGAUAAUAGUUAUAUUCUAUUAAAAAGGUUUUUGAGAUGUUUCUGAAUGUUUGAUGUGCAUGUAAGAGGGUUUUAGAUGCUAUUGAAUGGGGAACACGAAAAUUGUUAUUUUUCUGUCAGAGACUCAUAAUACUAUUUUUGUUAUUUCUACACUUUGCUUUUCAUUCCUUUGAUUUAGAUUCAGACUGUUGCACUCCUUGGAUAUGAAAAUUGCCCAAAGUUGUGUAAUAGUCGAAGAUUCCUGUCUUAGAAAUUUGCAUUAUAAAAUUAACUAUGAUUCAUACCUACUUUGAAAUUUCCAAUGGCCCUAAAAGGGGCAAAAAAGUUUGUUCACUGCAUAUCAUUGAAAACCAUGUCAGCAAAUCAGGUCCAUCAAAGUCCAAAGAGAAAAUGAGUGAGAUCUGAAAUCAGAUCAUCAGAUGAUUUCAGUUAUGUUGAGGUGUUACAUUCAUCUGUACCACUCAAUACAUGAUGAAAUCAACUCAAUACCAACAGGCUCACUCCAUCUAGACGUAUAUGAAUUAAAAGACAUAGGAGAAGUAGUAUACAUUCAGGGAUUUCUUUUUAAAUUAUAAAAGAAAAAUGAUCAACUUUAUUGUUGUUUUCAGUAGUUUACAACCAGAAAUUGUAUUUAUUUAUUAAAUGCCUUGGAUUUAUCCUUUGUUUUACAAAGAAAGACAACUAGUGAAAACCCUUUUAAAGGUACAAAAUGAAACCAUCAUGGUUAUAUAUCAAUAUACUACAGCUGAUGCUGAAUUUGGAUACCAAAAUGAAAUAAUUUUAUUAGGCAUGAUGUUAUCCACAACUUGCAGUGCCAAAUUGUAAUAAAUUGCCUUUACAUAUUGGAGAACCAUUCGCAGUUACCAUGUUGAUUUUUUUUUAUUUUUUUUUAUUUAUUUAUUUAUUUUUUUUGCAUUUCUAUUGAACAAAGUCCAAUUUUACAUAAUAUUUCAAUACUG